AUGGUGACAGACACCUCGGAUGACUUGGUAGAAUCUGCAAAGAGAUAUCUGGAUGCAGUAUUCGGAUCUGACACUGACACUAGCUUACUCACUACAUUACCCGCCUCUUCCCUCAUAACAAGCAUCGACGCUGUCGAUCGUGAGUUUAUCACUUCAAAGACCUCACCAAAAGACUCUACUAAAACUUCGGAAACAGAUUCAACCGCACCAACAACUAAUGAAAAGAGAACAUCAGUUUCAGCUGCUCCAACAACUGAUGAAAAGAGAACAUCAGUUUCAGCUGCUCCAACAACUAAUGAAAAGAGAACAUCAGUUUCAGCUGCUCCGACAACUGAUGAAAAGAGAACGUCAGAUUCAACCGUACCAACAUCUGAUGAAAAGAGAACAUCUACCGAUUCAGUAUCAUCUAUACAAACUAAUGAAACUGCUGACUCAUCAACAGAUAGCAAUGAUAUCGACGUCACAGAUGAUACUCUACAGGUAAACGCACCGACGCGAACACAGGUAAUGGGUGUGCUUGAGAACACAUUAAAACGAAAUUCUAUGAUAGGGACUGACAAUGACGAGGAAUCUAGCCCGGGAGAUGUAGCAGAUGUCACAGAUGAGUUGUACAUUGAGACAAACAAUCCAUCCCAUUUAUUCUGGGUGCCUGCUCAUUUACAUCCGGAAAUAGCUCCUAAUGAAUUCAGAAAAUGGUUGCAAACUCACGCAAAUGCGGCUGGGAGUGGGGCUGGCACUAUAAAACGCCGCAAAACAAAAUUAUCUAAACAAUACAUACCAUCAGAGACAGAAGAUGAGGAGGAGGAUGAACCGGAAGAGAAAUUGCCCGAGAAAAAAACACCCGCAUUCGAUUGGGAAGCUUUUGGAACAUCUGAUGGUACACUCAGUCCUAACGUGGAAUCAUCAAAAUUAAAUAUUCUUCGAAGAAGUCUGAGCUUGGAUUUGCCGCCGUUCAUGGCUUCGACGAUAGAUCACACGUUUGACCGAAACUCAUCACCACAUGACGAUUCGCCCGUUCUCGUGCCCAGAGUAGCUCCGGCGCUCAAGCGAACGGCUCGCACCAAGCUCCGUCGUAACUCGAUAGCAGGAGAGCAGCCAUGCCGUCAUGCUCCGCCCCAUCGAAGAACAAAGUCUACUCAAGGCACUCCGGAUAACGAAGCGAACAUUACCGAUACAUCACCAGCUAUUAUAAUCACACCAGAUGAUGCAGAGUCCUCUGUAGACGCAACUGCCACAGAAGAUGCCACCGCAACCGAGACUGUGGCUAUUCGCGUCACUUUAACAGAUAAUCCAGUACCCAUUCGAAUCACAUUGGCUGAUGACCCAGUCAAAGUUGAGAAUAGACCAAAAAGAAGCAGCUCGCUACCACAAGGUGCAUUAAAAGUGGCCGAAAAUCUGGAAACGGUCAAAGAAUCAUCGUCAGAGGUAAAAUCACAGUCAAAUAGAACAAGCGUGCCAACAUCAUCGGCGAGUAUCGGCUCAAAGAAAUCUUCGUGGUAUCCGUUCUCAAAGAAUACGUCUAAAUCUGAUAAAGAGUCGAAAGCAGAUAAAGACAUGACCGCAGACAAGGAAGCAAAAGCAGAUAAGGAAAACAACGUUGAUAAACCACCAGAGAACACAAGCGGAGAAAUUGUGGUAAAAGAAAAGUCAAAAAUUUCGACAAUAUCCACGCUGUUUACGCUAUUUUCAUGGUCGUUGCAGAGUAAAUCUAAACCAUCUUCCGACGUAAACAGCACUACAACAGCGGCACCGACCACAGAAUUGCCAUCUCCAACAACCCCGAAAAAGACGAAAUAUUCCAACUACUGUCGCUUCCCUCUGCAUGUAGAACGUGCUAUUUAUCGCCUGUCUCAUAUAAAGCUUGCCAACCCUCGUCGUCCAUUACACGAACAAGUAUUGAUAUCGAAUAUGAUGUUCUGGUAUCUUUCGCUCAUCAAUCAGCAACAGACUGAAUAUGGUGGCGAGGGCAACCCUAAAGCACGAAAGGAAGCGAUGAAGGUGAAGAGUAAAGUUGGAAAGUCGAAUGGUAAUAGGAAAAGCAAAAAACGAUCAAAGAAAAAGGGAGCAUCGGGUAAUCGACGCAAGCGCAAUUCUGGUACCGAGAUCGCAUACAAAGCUCCUCAAUAUGACGUCCAACAAGUACAGAUUGCUCAGCAAUACUUGACCCCGCCGGCAUCUCCUGCGCAUAGUUCGUCGCCAUAUUCGUUUGUUGACAGUGAUUCAGAAUCAGACUGUUCUACAAAUAGCGACGCGGAACUCGAAGGUCACGGAUAUCACCAUUAUGCUGAUGAUUAUAUAUCAGACGGGACGGAUGCUACGAACGGACACGGGUCUUCACCUAAUGGGCAUGCUAAGCCAAAGAAGCGAGCGCCAUCGCCGCAUCCGGAAGGACGCUUACAUGUUGGUUUGGUGAAUGGUCAGGAAUCUACAGUAAAGACUUCAGAUGAUGAGGAUGAUGACGUUCCGCUUGCCUUGUAUAAAGUUACGCAGGUAUCUGAAAACUGA